AUGAAUUCCAAAUUAAUACAAAUUAGUUCAUCUCUUCUUUUAAUGUGCUUAUGCAACACAUACAGUAACGAGAAAAAUAAUAAUAAUGUAACUAGUGUUAUAAAAUCGAAUCGAUUGUUAUCUGAGCAAGAAAACAAUGAAGUAGGAGAAGAAGUAUAUGAAGAUGAACCAGCUUAUGAAACUCAAGGAGUUUAUGAAGACCAACCAUCUAAUGAAAACCAAUCAAUUUCUGAAGAUGAACCAGCUUAUGAAACCCAACCAGAUUAUGAAUCCAAACCAAAUAAGCCAACAGAGAAAUUAUAUGUUCCAAAAAAUCCACCAUCUAUAAGAGCAUAUCUAACCGUCCCCAAGAAGACAAUGGAUUGGGGGUCCCACCACCAGAAAAUAGACCAAUAA